AUGCUCCGCACCAGCGGCACUCGUCAAAUGCCAAAGCCAGAGUCAGAGCCCUUUUUCUCUAAACAACAAAUGGGUAACUCAAGAACUGGCGACUCCCCUCAGCAAGUCUCAAGUGUUUCGACAGGAGAGACCUCUGCUGGGCGAACAAGCCUCCCCUCAUACUGUAACUUUUAUACAGAGUGUCCAGUUGAGGAGGAAGAACCAUCUUGGAGCUUGUUCGAGGGAGAAUGGCAUCAAGACACAAGAAAGUGCACGCUGCGUAUGAAGCAAGAGUAUCUAGACCAAUUUGAGAACCCAUUUGACCAAUGGGAUAAAUACAAAAACCAUACUGCUGAAUCAGAAUCCACUUUGCAGUCUUGGCCAAGCCUCAAAAGCACUCACAGCAUCUCAAAACAAACCCCUGGCUGGACUGGUGAAUACUCUUCUAUGAUAGAGUAUAGUGCAAGCCCUGAAGUUUCACAAUGGACUGGGCAGUACUCUGAUCCUUAUGAGUACAGUGUCUCACCAAAAAUGACACGACUUGGCAAGUGGACUGAAUCAGAUGCCCCAGGCAAGCCAGACUUCAAGUGGAUUCUGGAAUAUACACCAGAAUAA